UUGGAAACCAUCUGAAAAGCAGUCAGGUAUACUGGUGACAGCGAUGGAACUCAAUCCUCUCCUCAGAGCUUUGCUUCACUUCAAGCAUAAUAAUACUGAAAAAGCAAUCAAAAUUUGUAGUGAUAUAUUGGAGAAGAAUCCCUGUGAUCAGGCAGCUUGGAGUCUGAAAUUGAGUUGUUUGACGGAAGAGUUCUAUGUUGAUGAACUAGAAAAUGACGAACGUGGUGUUGCGGAAAUAUUUUUGGAUGACACCGUACUGGCAUCAAAAACGAGACCUGGCACUUCUCUGUCUAGGCCAGUCACCUCAGGCCAGACAUCUAGACAAGCCAUUAGACCAAUUUCAAGCAAUGGUAGACCUCUAAGCGGCGUUUUACGGCCUGAAACUCAUGUCCGACCAGGUACUAUGGAGCAAACUUUGCGCACGUCGAGAACUUCCAGAACUACUCGUGCAACUUCGUCUAGCUCUGCCAGAUUUUCUCGUCUUGGUACGGCAUCAAUGAUAUCAGAACCUAAUGGACCAUUUGUGAAUCUCUCGAGACUUAAUAUUGAUAAAUAUGCUGCCGAUCCACAAGUUAAUCGGAAUCUUUUCGAAUAUGUUUUCUAUCAUGAAGGUGAUAUGAAAGUGGCACAUCAGAUCGCAGUUAUUGCAACAAAAAGUGCCGGUAAUACGGAUUGGUACUGGAAGAAUCAACUCGGAAAAAGUUGUUAUCGACUGGGAAUGUUUAACGAUGCAUUGAAACAGUUCCAUUCUUCAUUAAAUAAUCAGCAAAUGGCAGAAACAUACGCUUAUUUGGCUAAAACAUACUGUCGAAUUGAUCAACCAUUGAUGGCCAUCGAUCAAUAUAAUUCUGGUUUACAAAUAUUCCGCAACGAUAUCACUUUAUUAAUUGGUUUAGCGCGAAUUCAAGAGCACCUUGGAGAUAUUGAAAAUUGCAUAAAAGCAUACAAAUUGGUACUAGAGCAAGACCCAACGAAUGUUGAAGCAAUUGCAUGCAUUGCAACCAAUUAUUUUUACAAUGAUCAACCGGAAAUCGCUCUUCGCUACUACAGGCGUAUCUUGCAAAUGGGUGUCAACAGUGCGGAACUAUUUAUGAAUCUUGGCCUGUGUUGCUUCUUCUGCCAACAGUUCGACCUUGCAUUAUCGUGUAUUGAACGAGCACUGGCAUCGGCUAGCGAUGAGGUUAUUGCUGAUGUUUGGUAUAAUACCGGAAACGUUUUCCUAUCAUCUGGCGAUGUCAAAAUGGCAUCACGUUGUUUCCGGUUGGCGAUAGCAGCAGAUCCGAAUCAUGCAGAAAGCGUGUGUAAUUUUGCUAUACUACAAAUGCGGGACGGCAAAAUAGACCAGAGUCGAUCGAUGUUCCGUUCCGCAAUCGAGAAGGGACCACACUUGUUUGAGCCAUGCUAUAAUCUUGCUCUGCUUACCUAUCAAAUCGGGCAAUUUGAUGAAAGUCGAACAAUGGUACUUAAAGCACUGGAACUUUAUCCCGACCACGUUCACUCGAAGACUAUUCUUGGCCACAUCGAACAAAUGUUCCAUAUGUUGUAGCAGUGCUGACAUUAUGUCCAUCAUUAUAGCCGCAUGCAGAACUAAUAGUUGUGUGCAUUACCACAAUCUUGAUAUCACAAAGAUUGUUGCCGGAUUACCAAAAUUAAAGUUAUGUUCAAAUAAAAUCUC